AUGAGAAAAUACUACGGCUGUGGUGAUUCGAUUUUGGCUGCUAUAAUAUAUAUAAUGUCCAGCAUCGCGUCGCAACACGAUAAUAAAUGCUUGCGGGAUAUAGCAUCAAUAAAUAUUUUAGAAACGACGCCGACAACAUCUCCGAGUUCCGGUUGCAUACGAGAAUCAAGUUACUACGGCGGCAUAUUGCCCAGUGUAGCUCACGCUAGAACCGAACGCAUCACCGGUCUCACCGUUCAUCGCGAGGUCCAAGUGCCGGUCCCAGUGCCGCAGCCGGUCCCGGUCGAAGUAACCAAGCACGUGCCCGUCCCGCACCCCGUUCCCUACAAGGUGGAUCGUCCCUACGCUGUCCCAGUGGCGCAGCCAGUGCCUGUCCCAGUCACCCGUCACGUGCCCUACAAGGUGGACCGUCCCUAUCCGGUUCCAGUAGCGCAACCCGUCGAAGUACGCGUGCCACAACCGGUGCCGGUUCCGGUGGCGCAGCCAGUCCCUGUUCCGGUCUCCGUUACGAGACACGUGCCGGUCUCCGUGCCGUCCGUUAACGUUGUGCCAUCGACCAUCGGCGUCGUACCGUCCACCGUCGGUGUCGGCGUCGUGCCGUCCACCGUGGGCGUCGUGCCGUCCACCGUGGGCGUUCCUUCGUCCGUCGGUAUCGCGCCCGCGGCCGUCGGCAUCGCAUCCGGACACGAAUUUGGUCUGGGAUCCAUCUCGAGUGCGCCAUUCGCUAGCGGAUUCAGCACCGGUUUGAUAGACGGCGGCGUUGUCAGUAGCGGCAUCCAUGGCAUCCAUGGCAUCCAUGGCAUUGGAAGUGGCGUGGAACACGUUGGCAUCCCCAGUGGCGUAGAACACAUUGGACUCGGCAGCGGUUCGAUCUUGGGAUCCACCGGCACGAUUCCCUUGCCGGAAGUUUUCGAUGCUACACAUCCAUUGAAGAAGUGGUAAACAAGCCAACAGCUCGAUUGGACUGUGUGUGUCUCAAUUUUCUCAAGAGUAAUUGACGAAACGCAAAACUCUCGUUGUCAAAUAAAUUUAUAUUUUUUUAUCAUGUAUUACAGAGUCAUCAUUUAACUGUGUAAUAUUAAUUAUAGUUAUACGAUUAUGACUCUCUUUCUCAUUAAGAUGAUUUGUCAAAUUCCUAUCCCAAUUUAGAUCUUUUUGUUAAAUAAAUAUUAUUACCAGUUA